AUGUGCUGUAAUGGGGGAAAAGUCUCUCUUCCCCGAAUAAAUGCUCCUCAGGAAUUGCUUGAAAUCUUCUUGGACCCCUCUGCAGAAGGAAACCAUUUUAGAAAACAUAUUCGUGGAUACAAUCAUGUAUUUUCCUUCACUUCGUGUGGUGUGCACAUAGACGAACAACUGGCUAUAACAGGUCGUGGUAUAUAUACAUUUCGUGCUCAAGGCUCAAUAUAUCACAGUAUAGGAGGAUUUCAUCCGGAUCAGGGCACGCGGCCACGGUUUUUGCAACUGUACAUAUAUGAUACUGAUCACGAGUUGCAGAAUAGGAUGCUGGAGAACACACAACUACAUGAAACAUUAGUUUUCAAGUUACAACAAUUGCUACACCGGUAUAAUCCUUUUCUCCAUGUGUUUCGCCAGCUUGCACAACGGUCAGAUGUACAUGAGUGUAGUUUGGUCAUUAGAGAGCGACCUGCUAAUCAGCCACAAUAUAGUCUUCCAACUGCGUCGCAGGUAGCAGCCAUAAUUGUUGGUGAUGACGUUGAAACAAUGAUUCGUGGGCGAGAUAUUAAGGUGCAAACUCAUGCUGGUAGCCUACGAAGGAUUCAGGAAUUCUUUGGCUAUUACGAUCCACUACAAUAUCCUCUUCUUUUUCCAUUUGGAACUCAUGGAUGGGAUAUCAAUACCCGAAGUCAAAGUGGCGGCAAAGUAUCGUGCCGAACAUAUAAUAGUUAUAUGCUCCAGAUCCGCCCCGAUGAUCAUUCCACCGUAUUGCAAGCAGGACGACUACUACAACAAUAUGUUGUUGAUAACUAUGUGAAAAUUGAAACCGGAAAGUUAAGAUGGGUUCGAAAUAGACAGAAGAAAUUACGGGCUGAAUUAUACCAAGGUUUACAAGAUGCUUUGCACACAGGAGAAACUAAUGCAGAAAAUGUUGGAAGAAAAAGAACAAUAUUACCAUCGUCGUUCAUUGGUAGCCGUCGCGACAUGACCCAACGAUAUGAAGAUGGAAUGGCGAUUGUUCUUAAAGAGGGAAAGCCAGAUAUUUUUCUCACAAUGACAUGCAAUCCAUCUUGGACUGAAAUAACUUCAGAACUCAACCCAGUUCAAACUCCACAAGAUCGUCCAGAUCUAACAACAAGAAUUUUUUGA